UGGCGGAAGAGUGGCGGUUUCCCGCGCGCAGUUCGGACGGGCUGGAGAGGCCGGCGGCGGCGGCUGAGGAGACGGUCUCCAGGGUCCCGCGGCGGGUGAAAUGGCUGGCAGCGGGGCAGGCCCCGGAGGGGGAGGCUUCUACGCGCCCGUUGCGGGCUCCGGGGCGGAUUCGCCGCCCCUCCUCAGCCUGAGGCGACGGUCGAAGCAGCCGGGGCCGGAGGAGGCGGUUAUGCUCGAAAAAGUGUUGGGAAUAACUACGCAAACCAGCAGUGGUUUAACCUGCGACCCGAACACGGGGCAUAUAGCAUAUCCGACAGGAUGCGUAGUUGUAAUUUUAAAUCCUACGAAGAAUAAGCAAACGCAUAUCUUCAAUACCUCAAGGAAAACAGUGAGCGCCGUGUCUUUCUCCCCUGAUGGGAAGUUUAUUGUAACUGGUGAGAAUGGACACCGGCCAGCCGUCCGAGUAUGGGAUGUUGAAGAGAAGGCACAAGUGACAGAGCUCCACGGGCAUAAGCACGGCGUGGCCUGUGUGGCUUUCUCUCCCAAUAUGAAAUACAUUGUCUCGGUAGGAUAUCAGCACGACAUGAUUGUCAACGUGUGGGACUGGAAGAAGGAUACACUCAUUGCAUCCAACAAAGUGUCCUGUAAGGUUAUGGCCAUCUCCUUUUCGGAGGACAGCUACUUCGUCACAGUGGGGCACCGCCAUGUAAAGUUCUGGUUCUUGGAUUUGUCCAAAGAAGUUAAGAUCAAGGAGACGGUUCCGCUGGUUGGGCGCUCGGGGCUUCUCGGAGAGCUUCACAACAACAUCUUCUGUGACGUGGCAUGCGGGCAGGGGAAAAUGUCAGGCCACACGUUCUGCAUUUCUUAUUCGGGCCUCCUCUGUCAGUUUAAUGAGAAGCGCGUGCUGGAGAAAUGGAUCGAUCUGAAGGUAUCUCUCGCCAACUGCAUCUGUGUGAGUGAGAGUUUUAUUUUCUGUGGCUGUGCUAACGGAGUGGUGCGAAUCUUCCACACGCACAAUUUGCUUUACCUCACUGACUUGCCAAAACCGCACUACUUGGGCAUCGAUGUAGCCAAAGAAGAAAAGCCCAGAAUGGCAGAUGCCGGCUGGCCCGACACCAUCGCCUUGGUAUUUGAUCCGAACCAUCAUUGGCUCUCCUGUGUAUACAAGGACCACAGUGUGUAUGUCUGGGACGUGUCAGACACCGGGCAAGUAAGGAAAGUGUGGUCCGACCUCUUCCAUAGCUCCUUUGUGUGGAACAUUGAGGUAUAUCCGGAGUUUGAGGACCACAGAGGCUGUUUGCCCCCAGGAUCCUUUCUUACGUGCUCAUCGGACAAUACGAUUCGGUGUUGGAGCUUGGGAAACAGCACACAAGCUGGCUUUCACAGGAACAUUUACAGUCAUAACUUGGUGAAGGUUGUCUACGUGGAAAACAACACUCAGCAUUUGCAAGAUUCAGCCAGUGUGCCAGACCGAGGUGAAAGCACAGGGUACCUGGAUGUGAAAUCUGGUCUUCGUGUCCUGCAGGUCAGCCCUGAUGGCCAGCACUUGGCCUCUGGUGACAGAGCUGGAAACUUGAGGAUACAUGAGCUAAAACGCAUGGAGGAGGUGAUGAAGGUUGAAGCCCACGACUCCGAAGUUCUGUGCUUAGAGUACUCGAAGCCAGAAACGGGUAUGGCUCUUCUAGCUUCGGCAAGCAGAGACAGGCUGAUCCAUGUGUUAAACGUGGAGAAAAAUUACAAACUAGAGCAGACCUUAGAUGACCACUCAUCAGCCAUUACUGCUGUGAAGUUUGCUGGAGAUGGCAACAUUCAGAUGAUUAGCUGCGGAGCAGACAAAAGUAUCUAUUUUCGCAGUGCACAAAAGGUUGCUGAUGGAGUCCACUUUGGCAGAACCCACCAUGUGGCAGAGAAAACAACCCUGUAUGAUAUGGAUAUCGAUAUAACCCAGAAGUACGUGGUUGUGGCCUGCCAAGACAGAAAUGUCAGGAUCUACAACACCGUCAGUGGGAAGCAGAAGCGCUGCUACAAAGGCACACAAGGGGACGACGGAUCCCUGCUGAAGGUCCAGUUAGAUCCUUCCGGAACAUUCCUGGCCACCAGCUGCUCAGACAAAAGCAUCUCUGUUAUUGACUUCCACUCGGGUGACUGUGUUGCCAAGAUGUUUGGACAUUCAGAGGUGGUCACAGGGAUGAAGUUCACCUACGACUGCAAGCACUUGAUCACCGUCUCGGGAGACAGCUGCAUCUUCAUAUGGCAUCUCAGCCCAGAAAUUACUGCCAACAUGAAACAGCACUUGAUGGAACUAGAUCAAGUCCAGCAGCAGCAGAAGAAAGCCCGAGAACAGACGUGGUCUCCACAGGUCAGGCGGGAAACUUACAUUGCCAUGCCGAGUGGAAGGAGUUCCUCUGGUGCUGAUCUCUCAGCUGACUCCGACACUGAGGAUGAGAGAGAGGCGGGAAAAGCAUCCUUUCAGACUCCCACCAAAGUGGACUCGGAUACAGGUCCCCCUUGUGUCCUGACCAAUGGCAGACUGCCCAUGUGGGCCAAGAGACUGCUUGGUGAGGUAGAUAAUUCGGACGGUGCCACCUCAGCCUCCAGAGUGUGUUACCAGCCGCAAGGACGAUGGGCUGAACGGGCUGACCAGGAACCUAUCAAAACGAUGCUGGGUGCAGAUCCUAAUUAUUUCACCCCUGUUAAAAAUGACAGCACGAAGGACAUAGAGCUGGAGCCCUGCAGCCUGGACCAGUUGCUCUUACAGGCUGAGAGCAUUCCCAGCAAUAACAUGGAGGACUUUAAAGAGCCAGAUCUGACUUCCGAAGAUGAGGCCACUCCAGAGCUUGAAUCCCUCACAGCAGAGAAAAGUGGCCCGUCUGCGCAGAUGAGCAGUGACCCUCCAGAGGCAGUGAGGAGACCUGGGAAGGACUUGCUUCUUCAGCUGACUUUUCAGACGGAAGCCACUAACGCGCAAGAGAAGCCGCCGGAUAAAACUUACUCUGCCAUUUCCUUGGAUUCUCAGGCGUCUCUGCUUGGCCAGCUACGGGAGGACCAAGAGUCUCUCGUUUCUGCCGUCGAAGGAGAGCUGACAGACCUGGACGAGAAGAGCAGCUCUUUGCCCCAAACCCCAGAGCAAGAGAAAUACCUCAAGCACCAUUUUGAGACUCUGUCUGAUGCCCACAGUGAAGAAAAGUUUGAUGGGACCCUGAAGGACUUGAAAGCACCGGAAGAGGAAGAGGAGGAGGCUGCCUUCUUUCACAACCCUCGCCUGAGCAUUUCUGCCAGAUUUCUUUCAAGCUGCCAAAAAAACAGCAGGUUUCUGAGGACGCGUCAGCCGGCCCGGCCCGCUUGGGGGGUCCCAGACCAGGUUCAGGAACAGAGUCCCUCACCCAGUGAGCCCAAGGCUGCAGAGAAGCCUCCUGAGGGACUUCUGUUUGAGCUGAAGGACAAGCCAGAUACUCAAAGAAGCCGUCUUUCAGAAUGGCAGAUUCUCGUUGAAAGCUUUGAAAUUAACCUGCAAUCGCUGCGUUCCAAAUUUCAAGAAACUUUGCAUCUUUAUGAUAAGGUGACUUCCUGCCCAGACUCCCGCAAGGAAGAACUCCUCCAGGUCAGAAAGCUGCUGCUCAGGACUUCCUGCUGGAUGAAGAAGGAGCUGGACUCGAGAGCGGUGAAGGACAGCCUGGAUGUGGCCACGGCCACGGACACCGCCUGCCUAGGCCUGAGGCAGCUCCAAGACAACGAAACCCACUGCCUGCUGAAGCAUUACUCUGACUCGCUUCUGGAAAUGGUGGAGAGAAAGCUGGAUGAAAGGAGCAAAGCAGAUGUCACCUGAACCGCCUCAUCAGGUUAGGACCCCUCCGCUCACACACACACACACAGACAGAUUUUAUUGCCUUUGACAGACAUUACCUCCUGUGUAGCUGCUGAGGAGUCGGCCACUUGGGAACAAAAUGUGGUCAACACUCGCGUUUCUCUGUGCAUAAAUGUUUCACGCUCUUCGCUUUGUUAAGGGCCCAGAUUUCACAAAAAGCAUUCUGUAUGAGAACAAGGUAAGCAGAGCCCAGCGUGGCCAUCUGAAGCUCCUUCUGAAAGUGGGUGUCUGUGAUGGGUUAUCUUAUUUUAUUUUAAAAAAACCCUGUGUUUUGAAUAAUAAAAUGUUUGAAUUGAAAA